AUGUCGGCAGCCGUGGCGUGCAUGGACUACUUCGCCGCCGAGUGCCUGGUGUCCAUGUCCGCGGGCGCCGUGGUUCACCGCCGCCCGCCGGACCCCGAGGGCGCGGGCGGAGCCGCUGGCUCGGAGGUGGGUGCGGCGCCGCCGGAGUGCGCUCUGCCGGGUCCGGGGCCACCAGGGCCCGCGUCGGUCCCCCUGCUCCCCCAGGUUCCCGCCCCCAGCCCCGGCGCGGGUGGCGCCGCGCCCCACCUGCUGGCUGCAAGCGUCUUGGCUGAUUUGCGCGGCAGCUUUGGGGAGGGCUACGGGGAGAACUCGGGGGAAGCUCUGCGCGCCUCGUCUGGCUCCACCGACCCGACCCAGUGCUCCAGCCCGACCCAGGGUUCCGAGCCGGCCUCAGCCUCCGGUGCAGACGCGUUCUCCGAACCCGCGAGCUCCUCCGGCUCGCCUGCCGUCCCAAGUGCGCCAGCCGACCCGGGAGCGCUCGACGACGCCGGAGGGGUGUCUGGAGGGGCCCCAGAGGCUGGCCCCGCACCCGCAGCAGGUCAGAUGUCCCGGAGAAGGCCAGUAACACCUGCAGCCAAGCGACAUCAAUGCUCCUUCACUGGCUGCACCAAAGCCUAUUACAAGUCAUCGCACCUUAAGUCCCACCAGCGUACCCACACGGGUGAGCGCCCUUUCUCCUGCGACUGGCUCGACUGCGACAAGAAGUUUACGCGUUCCGACGAGCUGGCCCGCCACUACAGGACGCACACGGGUGAAAAGCGCUUCUCCUGCCCCCUCUGCCCCAAGCAGUUCUCCAGGAGCGACCACUUGACCAAGCACGCCCGCCGCCACCCAACUUAUCAUCCUGACAUGAUUGAGUACCGGGGACGUCGUCGCACUCCCCGCGACUACCCGCAACCCACCACCGUGGUGGAAAGCUCCUGCUCCGGCUCUGGCUCCGGUUCUGGCUCUGGCCAGGAGCCCAGCCUCCCUACCAGCCUGUAGGACAGUCAUUGCUGUCAGUUAUCCCCCCCCCCCAGGACUAUCUCCCAGACCAUUUUCCCUGCCUUCUCUCUGCCCAUCCCUCUUUUAUCAGAGUCAUUAGACCAAGGCACAGACUGGUUCCUCCGCUCUGAGGGUGGUUCCAGGUGGGCAUGUUGGACUCUGGGGAGGGACUGGGAGCCAGAAAAUAACGGGAAUUCUUGCAACACAAAUAUCAUCCAAAAAGGAGGGGUUGAUCAAGACAACCCCCAGGAACUGGUGAGAAGGGAUGAACUCUGGUACUCUCCAGAGUACUGAAGAUUCUCUCUUCCCAGGAACCAGAGAACUGAAAUUCUCAGAUGCCUGAGGAACUCCCAGUCUUAAAGGACUCGGGUGCCUCACCCACCCACCAGGGCGGACCUUGGAG